GAUGUCAGACGAACGAAUACGUUGUCAUGGUGUAUGGUAUACUAAUUAUGACUAUAUCACGGCUUUUACGGACUUAAUGACACCAGAGCAGCACUACGGUGAAGGGUUACAUUACUUACUGUGAAAAUUGAAAGCGUUGUCCAAGUAGUGUACACUGGCUAUUUCUUAUGAGUAUCAAACAGAAAUAUUAAUUGGUUUAAUUGACGAUCCUUUAUUUUUUUUAUUGUUUUUUACACAAUGUCUGUUACAUAAAUCGCGGAAUAUGUCCACAUCAUUGGACUUCGUUUGAGGAGUUGUUCUAUGCAAACUCAUGAAAAAUAGCAAGCAUACAAUACUUUCACCACCUUCAACUUAAUGCAUGUCAUAUGUGUUUAAUGAUGGUCGAAGCUACCUUUAACUCCGCCUCUAAUUUACAAAAAACUAUAUGUAUAAAGAACACUUAUUUCGAUUAACAAUAUAACGCAAUAUCUAUGUAUUUGAAAACUCUAUGAUACAUUAUGUAUUUAUUUCCCCGCUCCCUUAAAUUACCUUUAUAGACAGACUUAUCUGUACAUAUAAGUACAUGUAUAUGUCAAACAUCUAACAAGUGUGAUAGAUAUGCAAGAAGGUACUGUUACAUAUCAGACAUUCAUGUUUGAAUCAAAUAUCUUAAACGUGGUUAUUUCCGCGGUGUAUUAAUUUCGCGAUUAAGAUAGGUAACCUCUACGCGUGGAGGUUAUUUCCGCGGUGAUUUAAUUUCGCGAUUAAGAUAGGUAACCUCUACGCCAGGAGGUUAUUUCCGCGGUGGUUUAAUUUCGCGAUUUAGAUAGGUAACCUCUACGCCAGGAGGUUAUAUCCGCGGUGGUUUAAUUUCGCGAUUUUGAUCAAUAAACUGUACGUAUGGGGCUAUUUCCGCGAUUAUUUUCUUCUUCAUCUGUUCUAUAAAUACCAUAUACAUGACGAAAAGAAAAUGUGUAUGAGGAAAUUUUCGCUGCCGAAGCCAUUCGCGCGCAUUUAGCGUAAAUCAAUCCUUGCGUAAAUGUCCACGUAUACAGUGCUUUCUUAUCAAUGUAAAUAAUCAAUGCUUCCUUUUUCUUUCUUUUAUUUUUACAAACAAAUGGCAACUGUUUCACAACAGCUAUUUGUAUUGAUAUGGAUUGUUAUUUACGAAAAUGUAAAACUUAUUUGUUCUGUAAUAUGGUAAAUUCCAAGCAUCCGGAUUUCUAGUUAUGUAUUCGUUUUCAAUGGUAUACUGGAACGGAAUUCGUUUUCAAUGGUAUACUGGAACGGAAUUCGUUUUCAAUGGUAUACUGGAACGGAAUUCGUUUUCAAUGGUGUACUGGAACGGAAUUCGUUUUCAAUGGUAUACUGGAACGGAAUUCGUUUUCAAUGGUAUACUGGAACGGAAUUCGUUUUCAAUGGUAUACUGGAACGGAAUUCGUUUUCAAUGGUGUACUGGAACGGAAUUCGUUUUCAAUGGUAUACUGGAACGGAAUUCGUUUUCAAUGGUAUACUGGAACGGAAUUCGUUUUCAAUGGUAUACUGGAACAGAAUUCGUUUUCAAUGGUAUACUGGAACGGAAUUCGUUUUCAUUGGUAUACUGGAACGGAAUUCGUUUUCAAUGGUGUACUGGAACAGAAUUCGUUUUCAAUGGUAUACUGGAACGGAAUUCGUUUUCAAUGGUAUACUGGAACGGAAUUCGUUUUCAAUGGUGUACUGGAACAGAAUUCGUUUUCAAUGGUAUACUGGAACGGAAUUCGUUUUCAUUGGUAUACUGGAACGGAAUUCGUUUUCAAUGGUGUACUGGAACAGAAUUCGUUUUCAAUGGUAUACUGGAACGGAAUUCGUUUUCAAUGGUAUACUGGAACGGAAUUCGUUUUCAUUGGUAUACUGGAACGGAAUUCGUUUUCAAUGGUGUACUGGAACAGAAUUCGUUUUCAAUGGUGUACUGGAACAGAAUUCGUUUUCAAUGGUGUACUGGAACAGAAUUCGUUUUCAAUGGUAUACUGGAACGGAAUUCGUUUUCAAUGGUAUACUGGAACGGAAUUCGUUUUCAAUGGUAUACUGGAACGGAAUUCGUUUUCAAUGGUAUACUGGAACGGAAUUCGUUUUCAAUGGUAUACUGGAACGGAAUUCGUUUUCAAUGGUAUACUGGAACGGAAUUCGUUUUCAUUGGUAUACUGGAACGGAAUUCGUUUUCAAUGGUGUACUGGAACGGAAUUCGUUUUCAAUGGUAUACUGGAACGGAAUUCGUUUUCAAUGGUAUACUGGAACGGAAUUCGUUUUCAAUGGUAUACUGGAACGGAAUUCGUUUUCAAUGGUAUACUGGAACGGAAUUCGUUUUCAAUGGUAUACUGGAACGGAAUUCGUUUUCAAUGGUAUACUGGAACGGAAUUCGUUUUCAAUGGUAUACUGGAACGGAAUUCGUUUUCAAUGGUAUACUGGAACGGAAUUCGUUUUCAAUGGUAUACUGGAACGGAAUUCGUUUUCAAUGGUAUACUGGAACGGAAUUCGUUUUCAAUGGUAUACUGGAACGGAAUUCGUUUUCAAUGGUGUACUGGAACGGAAUUCGUUUUCAAUGGUAUACUGGAACGGAAUUCGUUUUCAAUGGUAUACUGGAACGGAAUUCGUUUUCAAUGGUAUACUGGAACGGAAUUCGUUUUCAAUGGUAUACUGGAACGGAAUUCGUUUUCAAUGGUAUACUGGAACGGAAUUCGUUUUCAAUGGUAUACUGGAACGGAAUUCGUUUUCAAUGGUAUACUGGAACGGAAUUCGUUUUCAAUGGUAUACUGGAACGGAAUUCGUUUUCAAUGGUAUACUGGAACGGAAUUCGUUUUCAAUGGUAUACUGGAACGGAAUUCGUUUUCAAUGGUAUACUGGAACGGAAUUCGUUUUCAAUGGUAUACUGGAACGGAAUUCGUUUUCAAUGGUAUACUGGAACGGAAUUCGUUUUCAAUGGUAUACUGGAACGGAAUUCGUUUUCAAUGGUAUACUGGAACGGAAUUCGUUUUCAAUGGUAUACUGGAACGGAAUUCGUUUUCAAUGGUAUACUGGAACGGAAUUCGUUUUCAAUGGUAUACUGGAACGGAAUUCGUUUUCAUUGGUGUACUGGAACGGAAUUCGUUUUCAAUGGUAUACUGGAACGGAAUUCGUUUUCAAUGGUAUACUGGAACGGAAUUCGUUUUCAAUGGUAUACUGGAACGGAAUUCGUUUUCAAUGGUAUACUGGAACGGAAUUCGUUUUCAAUGGUAUACUGGAACGGAAUUCGUUUUCAAUGGUAUACUGGAACGGAAUUCGUUUUCAAUGGUAUACUGGAACGGAAUUCGUUUUCAAUGGUGUACUGGAACGGAAUUCGUUUUCAAUGGUGUACUGGAACGGAAUUCGUUUUCAAUGGUAUACUGGAACGGAAAUAUUUGUAUCGUUAUUCCGGACACUAAUGCUUGUUAUUAUACUCUUGAUAUAUGCCGCUUUAUUCUAACGCUGGCAGCUGUCUGAUGUUUGUAUCAGUUUAUGACAUUGUACAUAUAUUAAGUUAUAUUACAAAUGUUGAUUAGGUUUUAUCAAAGAAAGUGAAUUCAGAGGAAGGAUAUAUUUGCCGGCCUUUUUCAUAUAUAAUAAUUCGCCAACCGAUCAAUUACAUUUUGUACAUUCAUUUUUUUAAUGAAUUUAAGUGCAAUUUAUCACUUAAAUCAUAGCAUAAACAAUUAUUAUCACAUUUUAUACAUGUUUUAUACAUUACAUAAUUUACAUUGUUUGCAUAGUUUUGUUUCACCAACGAUGUUCAUGACGUGAACUGAACUUCUUACGCCUUCAUGGUCGAAUUUGAUUGAACCUGUUACUCUCUGUGCUAGAUUUGAAAUUACUUAAAAAAGAAAGAAAAAUCAAAAGUGGAUUUUUAUUUAGUAUUGAUAUGAUUUCACGCAUUGUGUGGAUUUUGCAAUGGUUUGCUCUAUUAAUAGAGUAAAACUUUGUUUCCAUGACAUGAUACUGUUAGUUGUCCGAUAUUUAUUUGUAAGUUAACGUAUGCAAAAGUAUGACAAUUUUAGCAAUACACUAAAUGGCAAACUGUUAAUGAAGUAAUUUAGCAAUUCGUGAGGUGUAGCAACUCAAAGGAAAGAUUAAACAAAAAUACUAUAGGAACUUCUCUUUUACAUAUUUACAUGAUUUGCUUCGUAGAUGAUAUUGUUGUUAUAUAUUUGAUAUAACGUUAAAGUUUUGUUUUUGUCUUGCGAUGAUUUUGAGACAGCAUAAAUGCUUUAAUAAUGGCUUCAUACAUGUAUUCAUCGAUAAACUAAUGAUAUAUCAUCCAAGUUAAAUCAUACCACCGGCUUUACAAAUAUCGUUAUCAUGGAUGCUACUGUGAAGAAUUUGUUUUAAUUAUUUUCUAUAGAUAUUUUGUUUUCUUAAAAAUAUUCCUGAUAAAAAUUUACCUGUUUUAGAGUGAAAAAAUUAAAAUUUGGAUACCCCCCCC